CAAGGAUAUGUUUAUUGUGUAUGACAAAUUGUAAUUACUCAUUUUUUUACCGUUAAGCUCCUUAUUAAUUUAUACCUUUAAUCAGUAAAUGUUUCAUACAGGCCGACAGAUAAGUAUUUAAAUCAGUAUUUAUUAUCAAUUACAGUUUUUACUGUGAAACGGGACACCUCUAAACAGUAUCAUAUCCUAUGGCCAUGGAUCACUUCGUAAUUGCUUAACAAGGUGUAGUUUCCGGCUUUCAAACUGUCAUCUUUGACACAAUUUGGAUAAUUGUAAAGGCACACUGAAACGAUGUAAAAGACGAUUAUAGGAGUUUCUUUGGGUCUUGGUAAAAUGGAGAAUGUAAAAAAUUUAACAAACUGUGAAAUUAAUCCGACAGAUUACAAGCUAUGUUCCCCGUAUACAUGUGUUACGAGAGAGACCUCAUGUCGGACAGCAUGUGGCCCAUAUGAGUAUACGUGUGCUAACUUCAGAUGCAUUCGGGACAGUAACCUUUGCGACACUAUUGACGACUGUGGCGACAACAGCGACGAACACUUUUGUCAUCGUCAGCAGACGACCACUGAAGUAUUGUCUACACCUGUUUUGGCGGGAAUUAUUGCUGGAUGUUUGGUGUUCCUUGUUAUUAUUAUUGUAGUCACUGUUUUCUUCUUCAAAUGGAAAAGAAGGAGGCGGAAAACGACAGGAAAAGAUCAUUCCAAAGAUUGUGAAAUGAACAAAGAAGAUCAUCUGCAUGAAAACAAAGCGUUAGUUACAAGUGCUUCUAUGGAAGAUUCAAAUGAACGCCCUACUACAAAAAAGGAGGAGACAGUUUCAAAACCUAACGAAUUUCACACACCUCUCAAAGACAAGUUUCAUAUACCUUUUGAGUUUGAGGAAGGUUUACUGUGCACUUCUACUCCAAAACAACCUCUCAGACAGCUUUUGAUGACUAUUAAAUCAAUAGAUGAUGAUGAUUAAUAAUAAUGGAAUUAAAAAUAUUACCUUAUUAAAUUGCUUUUACUCAGGUCUUCCCACUUAUAUCGUUUGGAGCAGAAUGCUAUUGUUUUAAUCAGGCUGUGUGAAAAGAUUAAAAUCUUAAAGUAA